AUGGAAAAAUCACUAGCGGAUCAAAUUUCCGAUAUCGCCAUUAAACCGGUCAAUAAAGACUUCGAUAUUGAAGAUGAGGAAAAUGCAUCUUUAUUUCAACACAAUGAAAAAAAUGGAGAAAGUGAUUUAAGCGACUAUGGAAAUAGCAACACAGAAGAAACCAAGAAGGCGCACUAUUUGGAGGUGGAAAAGUCUAAGUUAAGAGCAGAAAAAGGUUUAGAACUAAACGAUCCAAAAUAUACAGGUGUUAAAGGUUCAAGACAAGCAUUAUAUGAAGAAGUUUCCGAGAAUGAGGACGAAGAAGAAGAAGAAGAAGAGGAAGAAGAAAAAGAGGAAGAUGCUCUUUCAUUCAGGACAGAUUCUGAAGAUGAAGAAGUAGAGAUUGAUGAAGAAGAAUCAGACGCGGACGGCGGUGAAACGGAGGAGGCUCAACAGAAAAGGCAUGCACUAUCGAAACUAAUUCAACAAGAGACUAAACAAGCUAUUAACAAACUGUCUCAAUCAGUUCAAAGAGAUGCUUCGAAGGGUUAUUCCAUUUUACAACAGACAAAAUUAUUUGACAACAUCAUUGAUUUGAGAAUAAAACUACAAAAAGCUGUAAUUGCAGCAAAUAAGCUCCCAUUAACUACAGAGUCCUGGGAAGAGGCUAAAAUGGAUGAUUCAGAGGAAACAAAGCGUUUGCUGAAGGAAAACGAAAAACUGUUCAAUAAUUUAUUCAAUCGGUUGAUAAAUUUCAGAAUAAAAUUCCAACUUGGCGAUCAUAUCACUCAAAAUGAAGAGGUGGCGAAGCAUAAAUUGUCCAAAAAAAGAUCUCUCAAAGAGCUUUACCAAGAAACUAAUAGCUUAGACUCAGAACUAAAAGAGUACAGGACUGCCGUAUUAAACAAGUGGUCUACCAAAGUUUCUUCUGCAUCAGGUAACGCUGCUUUAUCAUCUAACAAAUUCAAAGCUAUCAACUUACCUGCAGAUGUACAAGUCGAAAACCAAUUAUCCGAUAUGUCCCGUUUGAUGAAAAGAACAAAGUUGAACAGGAGAAACAUAACGCCUUUGUAUUUCCAAAAAGACUGUGCUAAUGGCAGGCUACCAGAAUUGAUUUCUCCCGUUGUCAAAGAUAGUGUUGAUGACAAUGAGAAUUCGGAUGAUGGGCUUGAUAUCCCGAAAAACUAUGACCCAAGAAGAAAGGAUAACAAUGCCAUUGACAUUACCGAAAACCCAUAUGUUUUUGAUGACGAAGAUUUUUACCGUGUUUUACUAAACGAUUUAAUUGACAAAAAGAUUUCCAACGCUCACAAUUCUGAAAGUGCAGCAAUUACAAUCACCUCAACUAAUGCUCGUUCGAACAACAAGCUAAAGAAGAAUAUCGAUACUAAGGCUUCCAAGGGUAGGAAAUUGAACUACUCAGUUCAAGAUCCAAUUGCGAAUUAUGAAGCCCCCAUCACAUCCGGAUACAAAUGGUCAGACGACCAAAUCGAUGAAUUCUUUGCGGGAUUGUUAGGUCAACGAGUGAACUUUAAUGAAAAUGAGGAUGAGGAACAACAUGCCAGAAUAGAAAAUGACGAAGAAUUAGAGGCUGUUAAAAACGAUGAUAUCCAAAUCUUUGGUUGA